GAUCUCGACAACUGUUCGGUCGAAUCUGGUACAUCCAACGUUUUUCAGUUCGGUAUGAACUGCCCUAAGUAACAAACAGGAGAGGAAAAUAUUAUGAAGUCCCCAGGACUGUUUCUCUUGGAUCUCGACAACUGUUCGGUCGAAUCUGGUACAUCCAACGUUUUUCAGUUCCGUAUGAACUGACCGAAGUAACAAACAGGAGGAAAAAAAUUUAUGAAGUCCCCAGCACUUUUUCUCUUGGAUCUCGUAUUUUUCCCAGCAGUUUCUCUUGAUCAAUUUAUUAAUUUGUAGUUCACCUAUUUAUAUACCUUCACCCUGAAAAUUUUAUUGUUGGUGGGACGUGUUUGGACGAACGAGGCAUUAAUGAGAGGACAUUUUGGUUUUUAGAGGGUUGAAAUGUUCCGACUGUUACUUCUUUUGAUAUAAGUGCGGCAAUGUGGCAUACUCCACGUCCGUGUAAUUUCGUUACAUGGUUGAUGAUAUCAAAAUUUUCCAAUUAUUUUCCCUACCCUGUGAAUUCCUGGUUUCUAUCGUGGUAAAAACAUAUUAAAGAAAAAAAUGUUAGGAAACUGUAAAAAUUAAAACAAUUGGAAUUGUUUGGAUUAUAUUCCAAAAAGGAUGGCUACGUAAGUUCAGGGAAAUUUUGGAGCAUCCCUACCCCUGUUAAUACUGGUUAACAUCUUCCAUCUGGAAAUUUGCCUUCAUUUUACAUUUUGCUCGCUACGGUAAUGCCACGUACUUCUCGUUGUAUCAUGUUACCCCGGACAUUGCGGAUUAUGAAUAUGCUCCGAGUUACUAAAGAAGAAGAUGAAAAGAUUGAACAACCAUUUGAUGAUGGUUCUGAUCUGAAAACUAAUAUUGAGCCAAUUCGGGAUGUCGUCCACAGCAGUGAUUAUGCAUCAUCCUCUAUUUCUGAUAAUGAUGCUUUUCCAAAAUCAGUAUCAACAGUGCCUACAAAAAUGACCAAUAUGCAACAUAUAAUUCCCCACAAAACGCAAGAAGAUAAUAUAGAAAUGGAUUCAACCACGCAUUCCACAAAAUCAAGGCGUGUAAGAGAAAAAGACUAUUGUUAUUACUGUGAAAAUUUGGUGCAAAAUUUUGCACGUCAUAUAAUAAGGAAUCACAAAACAGAGACCGAAGUGAUCCAAAUUCUUUCGUUUCCGCUAAACUCCAAGGAGCGAAAAGAACUGAUCACCUCUAUUCGUAAAAGAGGAAAUUUUUACCAAGGCGGAGAAACAGCAAAACCUAUGCGCAAAAUUAAUGCCAAAACUGAGUACUUGCCAUGUACUGAAUGCAUGGGUAUGUACUCGCGAAAAUUUUUGUGGAGACAUAAAAAAGUAUGCUCGAAAAAUUCCGGAAGCAGACAGUUGCAAAGUAUGUCCCAAACGUUUUUAAUCGCCUUACAUGACAUAGAUAAAGACUUAAUAUAUUCUGUUUUUCCAACGAUGAGAGCUGAUGAAAUAUCACUAGUAGCUAAAAAAGAUUUUCUAAUCUGUUUAUACGGUGCCAGAUACUUAAAAAUACACAGAGAAAAACAUUUUAUAAAUGUAGUUUCCAGAAAAAUGAGGGAAUUGGCCAGAUUGUUGAUAGAAAUAAAAGACAGGGAACCUAAUGUACGUAGUCUGUUUGACGUACUCCAACCUCAAUACUAUGAUACAAUUGUUGAUUCGGUGAAACAAAUAUCAUUAUAUAACAAUGAGCGUAAAGUUUUUAAAUCACCAACUUAUGCUAUGAACAUAGCAGGAACUUUAAAACAGUGCUGUGACAUAGCGAUUCAGGAAGUUCUUAAAAACAAAGCCAAAUUUUCGAUUGAAAAAGAGAAAGAAUUGGAGACACGCAUGGCCACUUUGAUUCGGCUGUUUAAUAGCAAUUGGAAAUUUGACAUCAGCCAUAAUGCUGCUAAUACUCUUAAUAUUAAUAAAUGGAACAAAGUAACUAUUGUUCCCCUAGCGAAGGACAUUAAACAGAUGAAAACAUUUUUAACGACGAAAGCUAAAGACUCUGUGGGACGACUGAUUAGUUCAAAUGGCAACAGCAAAGCAUACACCGAUUUGUUACACACAAUUUACUGCCGCAUAAUUCUUUUGAAUAGAAGAAGACCUGGAGAACUACAAAGGGUGCCUUUACACAUAUAUGAAACUUUUAUUGAAGACACAUCUUAUGAGGAGUUUAAUCAAGCCCUCACAACAACAGAAAAAAUCCUCUUAAGUAAGUUCAAAAGAAUUGUUGUACGAGGUAAACGUGGCCGUGGAGUUCCAGUAUUAUUUAGCCCAGAAAUUCAAAAUGAUGUUAAGAUACUUAUGAAGUACAGAAAUAAGUGUGUUCCAGAAGAAAAUAUUUAUUUGUUUGGCCUACCAGGUUGUACUACUCCAAUCGUGGGUUAUAAAGUAUUGAAAAAAAUGGCUCACGAAGCGGGCGUAUCAAACCCAGGAGCUAUUUCGUCAACAAAACUGCGUAAACAUCUUGCCACAUUAACCCAACUUUUUGACUUAAAAGAAGCAGAAAUAGAACAGUUGGCUUCAUUUAUGGGUCACACAUUAGGUGUCCAUAAAAAUUCAUACAGGCUUCCAGAUGAUGUUUACCAAACUGCAAAGAUUUCUAAAUUGUUAUUACUAAUGGAAAACGGGCAGACGGAAGCAUUUAAAGGAAAGACACUUGAGCAAAUAAAUGUAAAUCUUGAAGAAGAAAUUAUUGAAGGUGAAAGCGGUGACGAAAAUGAAAUGACACAUUUUACAAAUAGCUUUGAGGAGCGAGAAAAUUUACUUCAAGAGAAUGAACAAAGGAAAACACUCCCCGAGAAAACCGCAGAGAUGAAGACGAAGAAGACUAGAGUUUUAAUUCCGUGGACAACGGAACAAAAAAAUAUAGUUAAAAAGUUUUUCAAGGAUCAUAUAAAACAUAAAAAAGCUCCAAAAAAAAUGGAGUGUCAAAAGUUAAUUACACUUCAUCCCAUUUUGUCCAACAAAAAUUGGCUAAAAAUAAAAGUAUUUGUACAAAAUCAGUAUACUAAAAAAUAG